AUGCUUUCCCUUUGGUUAUUUGGAAUAUAUAUUGUCAUUUUUUGUUAUAUUUUGUACAAUUAUUGCACAUAUCGUCCACCAAAUUUUCCACCAGGACCACCAAGAAUACCUCUGGUUGGUAGCUACUUGUUUUUGUUACUAGUAAAUAGUCAAAAAGUACACUUGGCUAUUCUUAAGCUGUGCAAAUGGUAUAAUACAAAAGUUCUCGGUUUUUACAUUGGCGAUACUCCAACAAUUGUUGCAAAUGAUUACGAAAGUGUAAGAGGAAUUUUAUUUAACCAAGCUUUUGAUGGAAGACCUGAUAUAUUUGUUGCAAAAAUGCGAGAUCCAAACUAUGAAACUCGAGGAAUAUUUUUUGUAGACGGAACAUUAUGGAAAGAGCAACGUCGUUUUACGUUGAGGCACCUACGAGAUUAUGGUUUUGGUAGAAGAUUCGAAAGUCUCGAAAAUGAAAUUAAAGAUGAGAUAAUGUGUUUUUUGAAUCUCAUCAAAGAUGGACCAAAGUACAAGCAUGAACAAGUUUUGUUUAAAGCUGGAGGUCUCGUACACUGUCCAAAGGCUUUUUUCAUGUGCCUGGGGAAUUGUGCGUUACAAGUUCUAUUUGGUGAACGUUUUAGACGUCACGAACAAGAUAUAUUAGCAGAGAUCGGUGAAUUGGGAAUACUAUUUCAACGAACUGGUUCUGACUAUGGAAGAUUAUUAAGCGUAAUUCCUUGGAUACGGUACUUGUUUCCUGACAGAUGCGGUUUUAAUAAAUUUAAACAUGCUAACCGUGGACUAUAUCAUUUCAUGAAAAAAUUGGUUGAUAAGCAACUAUCAACGUUUUCAUCACAAGAAAACAGAAAUUUUCUUGAUAUUUACUUUAGAGAGAUGAAAACUAUGAACAAUUGCGAAGAAAGAGGAUUUUAUUAUGAACAAUUAAUUUUGGCAUGUUUGGACAUGUUUUUCCCCGCGUUGACAGCAAUAGGGGCACAGUCUACGUUUUUGUUUGAAAUUUGUAUCAAAAAUCCAGAAAUUAAAAUGAGGAUUCAAAAGGAAAUUGCAACAGUAGUAGGGCAAGGACGUUUGCCACAUUUAGAUGAUCGUAAAAAUAUGCCAUAUACAGAAGCAUGUUUACGAGAACUGAUGCGAUAUGAAACACUUGCACCUUCCAGCUUACCUCAUAAGGCAUUGUAUGCCACGACAUUUCAAGGAUAUACUGUUCCGAAGAAUAUAUCAAUGAUAUCUCCUAUCUUAUUUUUCCUUAUUAUCGUACUUCUUUUUUAUCGGUUUUACAAAUGGAGUACUUACAAACCGAUAGGAUUUCCUCCAGGUCCUCCUAGAAUUCCAUAUUUAGGGGGCUAUAUAUUUUUUCUCUUGUUGAAUAAAGAUCGACUGCAUUUGGCUUCCUUGACCUUGAGUAAAUGGUAUAAAAGUAAAUACAUUGGUUUCUGGUGGGGAAGUUCCCUGAUAACAGUAAUUAAUGACUACAAAGGUGUCAGAGAAUCAUUUUACAGAACUGAAUUUGAUGGAAAGCCAGUAACUUAUACGGUAUUAAUGAGACACCCGGAAGAGCAACUAUUAUUUAAAGGAAUCUUCUUUCUUGAGGGCCCCGUUUGGAAAGCACAACGUUGGUUUAUGCUGAGAUACAUGCGAGAUUUCGGUUUUGGAAGACGACACGAAGUUCUAGAAUGUCAUAUCAGAGACGAGAUUAUGAGUUUUGUCCAACAAAUACGCAAUGGCCCAAUGUACGAACAUGAACACGAGUACUUUAGAAAAAAUUCAAUUGUAAACGUCCCAAAAGGCAUGGUUGCAUGUUUAAUAAACUGUUUCUUUCAAAUAGUAAUUUCAGAGAGAAUUCCGAGGGAAGAACAAGCGUCUUUGUUCGAGGUUGCAAAACACUCGUUAGCGUUUCAGAGAGGCAGCGACAGUUAUGCGAAGCUUUUGAGCGUUAUUCCCUGGAUUCGUCAUAUAUUUCCAGAAAAAAGUGGAUAUAGGAGUUUACUGAAAGCUAACCAAGGGCUCUACAAUUUUAUGAAAAAAUUUAUAGACACGCAAAUUGAAACGUACAAUGAAAGUCAUCAAAGACACUUUGUGGAUAUGUACAUAGCGGAAAUUCGCAAAUCGGAAAAUAUUAACGAUUUCAGUGGUGGUUUUUCUUAUGAUCAAUUGAUUUUUGCUAUGAUGGAUUUCUUCAUUCCUGCAUUAACUGCAAUUGCGGCUCAAAUUGCACUUUUAUUUCAAGUUGGGAUAGUUCAACCAGAAAUAGCAAUGAAAAUCCAAGCAGAAAUAGACCAAGUAGUUGGACAUGGUCGACUUCCAACUCUAGAUGAUCGAGUUAAUAUGCAUUAUACAGAGGCAUGUUUAAGAGAAAGUAUGAGAUAUGAUACGCCGCUUCCAAGUGGAAUUCCUCAUAAAGUCCUAACUGAUACUACAUUGGCUAAUUACACCCUUCCAGCAGGAAGUUUUAUAAUACUUGGUCACUAUGCUAUUGCUAUGGAUAAAGAAAUAUGGGGUGAUCCUGAAGUUUUUCGACCGGAACGAUUUUUAGAUGCAGAAGGAAAGGUCGAUCUAAAAAAGGAUAAAUCAUUGCCUUUUGGUGCUGGAAAGAGACUUUGCGCAGGUGAAACAUUUUCUCGCAAUCUUACAUUCUUGUUCGUCACAGCUAUGUAUCAAAAUUUCACCAUCAAAUUGCCACCCUAUGAAAACAUUAACAAGCUUUUGAAAGGAAAAUCAGUAGGACUGAUCACUACCACAACAGAUUUUUGGAUAAAAUUUGAACCAAGAUAAAAAAAAAUAGCAAUUUUUAUGAUGUGUUUUUUAUGAAGUGUAUGACUUGAUCUUAUAACAUGAAAUAAAUAUUUUGGUGAUAUGAUCCGUAGGUAAUUA